AUGCAUCAAGAAGUAAGAUUAAAAGAAGAUUUUGCGUUCAAUACAGCUAUUAUAACACAAACUUCUGCCACUGGUGCAACACCAUCACGUAAAAAAUUAUAUGUUCAACGAAAUACACGCAUUCUUGAUUUGGAAAAAAGAUAUAAAGAAUACAAAUUAACACUAAAUGAAUUUCACGACCGAAGAGUAACCCUAACUCUCCUUGUGCAAAAUGCGUUUUUUUGCAUCCAACUACUUAAGCAAGAAAAAAUCCUGUCAGAUCGUUUUAUACGCGACGCAUGUAAAACCAAAAUGCCAAAAUUAUGGGAAAUACUGCAAGAUUUUAAACCUUGUGAAGCGCCGUAUACGGGACAUGGUACAACCGACUCAGGCAACCCUGUGUUCUGCUAUCAAAAUAAAGCUGUACAUCCGCGUCGUUGCACAUCAGAAGGAAUAAAAAAUCUGUCUUGGCUGAAAUCCUUCUUCGAUUGGUCGUCUACAGUGGUGUGGGACGGUGAUUUUGUUAGCAGUGACCCUGCCGAACCUAGCGAAAAAGAAUUAGAUGAUUUCGCCAAUAUGACGAUUGAGCUCGUGAACGCUUUUAAACAAACUCCGCAAGAUAAAUAUGUGAAAUUUAUAGCUAGUAUUUACAGCUAG